GUGUAUGUAGCUCGUAAUCCAAAAGAUACUGUAGUUUCUUAUUACCAUUUCCAUAAAAUGUUAAAAGUCAUCACCUAUUCUGGUACAAUAGAUGAUUUUGUAGAUAGUUUUAUAGAUGGGAAAUGUAUUUAUUCUCCAUGGUGGAAUCAUGUAUUAGAAGCAUGGAAACAAAAAGAUAAUGAAAAUGUUUUCUUUGUGAAAUAUGAAGAUAUGAAAAAGGACAUUAAGUCAGUCAUCAGGGAAGUGAGUAAGUUUUUAGGUAAAUCAUUAAGUGAGAAAGAAAUUGAUCAAAUAGCAGAAUACACCCAGUUUGAUAAAAUGAAGAACAAUCCGAUGUCAAAUUAUUCUUGGUGGAAAGAAUCUGGUUUUAAAGAUGGUCAGACUGAUUUUUUACGCAAAGGUAAGUUUUUAUAA